AUGUUUAAGUCGGUUAUAUUCCUCCUUUUCAUAGGCUAUGGCUGUGAUACAAGUUAUGCUGUUAGAGUGUACAAAAAAGCUGAUAUACUAAAGCUCAGAGAAGAAGUGCGUGAAAUGUUCCAACAUGCUUAUGAUAGCUACUUACGAUAUGCAUAUCCUUACGAUGAAUUGCGGCCGUUGAGCUGUGACGGCGUGGACACGUGGGGAAGCUAUUCUCUCACUCUCAUAGAUGCCCUAGACACACUGGCUAUCAUGGGAAACUACACAGAAUUCAAUAGAGUUGUUGAGUUAGUGUUACAAAAGAAGGACUUUGAUGCAGAUAUAAAUGUGUCUGUAUUUGAAACUAAUAUUAGGAUAAUUGGAGGGCUGUUGAGUGCUCAUUUAUUGUCACAUAGAACAGGUUUGAAAUUAGAACCAGGCUGGCCAUGUAAUGGACCCCUUCUAAGACUGGCUGAAGAUGUAGCACAAAGGCUUAUUGCUGCAUUUGAUACCACAACUGGUAUGCCAUAUGGAACUAUCAACUUGAGGUCUGGUGUGCCUCCUGGAGAAACAAGUGUUACUUGCACAGCUGGUGUGGGAACAUUUAUUAUAGAGUUUGGGACAUUGAGUCGUCUUACUGGAGAUCCCUUAUAUGAAGAGGUUGCUUAUAAUGCACUUCUGGCAUUAUAUCAUCACAAAUCACCAAUAGGUCUAGUGGGUAACCACGUAGACGUCAUGACGGGACGCUGGACAGCGCAGGAUGCCGGCAUUGGCGGCGGUGUCGAUUCUUAUUAUGAAUACUUAGUUAAAGGCGCCAUUUUAUUAGAGAGACCAGAACUGAUGUCGAUGUUUAUGGAAGCUCGGAAAGCGAUAGAGAAGUACUUGAAGAAAGAUGACUGGUUCGUGUGGGCGACUAUGCUGCGAGGGCACGUCACGCUGCCCGUAUUCCAGUCACUGGAAUCUUAUUGGCCUGGAGUACUUAGCCUUGUUGGUGAAAGCGACACAGCGAUGCGCAUAAUCCACAAUUACCACAGUGUGUGGAGACAAUACGGAUUCACUCCUGAAGUGUACAACCUUGGAACUGGCGAAGCUUCCUCGUCUCGAGAAAGUUACCCACUCCGUCCAGAACUUAUUGAGUCCAUUAUGUACUUAUACAGGGAUACCAGAGAUCCUAUACUGCUGCAGAUGGGAGAAGACAUCCUGAGGAGUAUUCAGCAUUCUGCGCGGACACCUUGCGGUUAUGCCACGAUCAAAGACGUGCGUGACCAUCGUAAAGAGGAUCGCAUGGAGUCGUUUUUCCUAGCUGAAACGACGAAGUACCUUUACUUACUGUUCGACCCGGAUAAUUUCAUCCACAACCCGGGCGUACACGGCACUGUUAUCAACACACCCAACGGAGAAUGUGUUGUUGACCUUGGUGGCUAUGUAUUCAAUACAGAAGCGCAUCCAAUCGACCCCACUAUGCUGUAUUGCUGUCACGAAGCUAGACAAGGCAUCAAUAUAAGCGAAGUUCACAGAAUAUACCAAAUGUUAGAAGAAGAAGAUAACAUAAAAUUUAUGACUACCAUCGAAGGUUCUGCUAAAGUCGCUCCAAAUGAAACAGUCGAGACUGUACAAAAUGAAACAAUGCUAAAUACGUCUGAAGAUGUUAAAAGUGGCACAGUUGAAAAAUUAGAUCAAAAUCAAGUAUUGAUUAAGACCGAAACGAGAACUGGCUACGUCAAUAUCGAUGGUACAGAGAGGGAGAAAACAAAAAAUGAAUCUAGUCUAAGAGAUAUAGUCAAAGAUCGUAUCAAUAGUUACUAUAACAAUACUAGCAGUAAACCAGAGAAUGAGGACGAACUCGCGUUCUCUUCAGAUAACAACACUCCGACGACGCAGUUUGACGUAGAUGACAUAAUAGUUCCACAAAAUCCACCGGAACAAUUACAGACUCCCAGUGAGACGAAGGCGAAAGAAACUUUCAAAAUACUACCGAAAGUUUUACAAGACUUUUUGAACAGUGAUUGGAAAUCGAAAUCAAAAUGUGAACCUCAGCACAUGUUAGAGCGAAUACGUAAAGAGAAAAGGUAUCCGAAUCAUCCAGAUGUCGAUAAAUAUGAGCUGCUGUUGACACCAGCGCCAUCUUUCUUACAGAGGAUAUCGUUAGCGGGAGAAUUUCUGAACAAAAAGCAGUUAGAAAUGUAA